AUGAGAGGUCGCCCUCGAUUCCGUGUGGCUCCGUGCAAGUACUGUAACAAGGAGUUUAAGCGACAAGAACAUCUAGAACGUCACAUUCGCACGCACACCCGGGAGAGGCCGUUUGGCUGUGUCUGUGGCCGCACAUUCUCAAGGCCAGAUCUCCUAAACCGCCAUCGUCGACUGUCUCAAUGUUCAAACCCAGCUACAAGUAUACCCCAAGACACAGCUACCAGUGGACAAGAAGCUCUCUCCCCCUCCAAGAUUAUCUAUCAGACAUCUCCAUCACAGGAUGCUGUAAUCUCACCCUCAGACAGCAGCCAUGGAAGAACACCCCUCAAUCCCGACUUUGCAACCCAGACAUCUGCGACCCGAAAUGGGAUCAUAGGACCAACCGCCGGGAUGAACAACGCCGCGCCGGUAGAGUACUCUCAAAAGCAACUCAUGGGGAAAUUCUCACUACGCGACCUAGACACGAGUAGCCAGGAGCAGCAGCCGAGCUACUCUCCUCGUGAUAGCGGUGUUGCGGCUCGCAGCGACAUUAACAUGGACAACACCAUCGAAACUGGAUCUGACUUUACACAGCUUCAGCUGUUCGAUAUCGAUUUCCUUGCAAAUGAAACAGACAUGAUAAGCGGGUAUCUCAUGGACAUCUUCCCGCCAAUGGACUACCAGCAGCCAAUGAUUGAAGAUAUAUCCGACACUUAUAGCGGUUCUCAGUCACUUUCCGCAGGUCUAGGUCCCAAUAGCCUUGAGAUACCGACUCUUUUGCAAAAUGAGAUACCACCAUCACAGGGGAGGGCUUCUGUGGUCCAAUUGGUACCAACAACGAAUCCAUGGACCGUGUCGGCAGCGGCGUACGAGAAACUCACUGCCGAAGUUGAAAAGCACAUCAGCGUGCUACCAGAACCAUUCACACUUCCCAGCCGGCAAACAUUAUCGAGAUAUGUUGCGAGCUGGAUGCGGAGCUUCCAUCCUCAUUUGCCUUUUAUUCAUAUACCAACAACUUGCUUGGAAGACAAGACGCCAAUGCUUGUGUUAACUCUUGCAGCGACUGGGUCGUUCUAUGGGUUUGAACACACGCAUGGUUACGCCAUGUACUUUAUUGCAAAGUCUAUCAUUACCCAUGAGCUCGAGAAACGUCGCCGAGCCUCUACUUUACACUUGCUUCGAACUUUUCCACGCUACGCUGGGCUUCCCACCGGUUCCCCAGAUGCAACCGCACAGACAUGGGCAUCACCACCACCUGCAACAUCCGGACCUGUCGACAUUGAACUGCUACAGUCUCUGUUGGUGCUUGUGCUCACAAUGGCUUGGCUUGAUGGGCCCCUUGCACAGGAUGCACUCGCUAUGAGCAGCCAACUUACAGAACUGACUCGUGAAGCCCUGAAGUAUCCGGUUCCAGAAAUUGAAGCAGAUAACUGGAGUGCUUGGGCUCAUGAAGAAGAGAGGCGACGUACCCUGUUCUCGGCCUACUUUGUGAUCAAUAUACUCACUAUUUGUUUCAAUGUACCACCUCAAAUCACUAGUUCAGAAGUCAUCAUUCCGCUUCCAUCCUCAGAAGCAGAGUUCAAGGCUGCCACUUCGAAUGCAUGGCUUAGCCUGCGACAAAAGAGCAACGCCCGUCAGCCGGACUUUCAACUUUGUCUCCAACAGUUGCUAUCCGGGAAGCCGCUUGCAAAAGAAGAUUCUGCUACAGAAUUCGGAAAUUAUAUGCUUGUUCAAAGCUUGCUAAUACAGGUAUAUUUCGAACGCCAAGUAUCGUCCGCGGUGUUAAGGUCAUCAACGAGUCUGCCACUGGACACUAUUUCACUUUAUGAGAACGCCUAUAGUGCCUGGCAAUCAUGUUGGGAUUCGGCCAUCGAGUCUGCUUUGGAUCCCAACUCUCCUCAUGGUCCUUUGGCCUUCAACUCAACUGCCAUGCUUCGCUUGGCUCACGUCCAUCUCGCAGUGGGCCUCCAGAGCCACUGCGCUCUCCGCUCACGCGAUCCGAGGAUUGUCGCUCAAGCGUUUGAACCUCACCAAAACCCAAUUCCACUCCGCGCUCCCCAUCUAGAUCAGGCGGUUUUCCAUGCCAUUUGCGCAUUGAGGAUACCGGUGAGAGUUGGGAUAGCAUUUGUCGCACGGGGCCGAACGGGUCAUUGGAGUGUUCAGCACGCCAUCAGCAACUUUGCAUGUGCGCUCCUACUCACUCACUGGCUCGAAAACCUCUUUCAUCUGGUAUCUUCUGAUGGGAUGGAAAUCUUACGAUAUGAGGAGAAGCGAUUACUUUCUAUUGUCGAACGGCUAAUUGAGGAGACUCAUCUGGAGGGCUCUCUGGGCUCAAAAAACGAUUACCCUCGCCGAAUUCGACGUCUGGCUAUUGCUGCAGUAAGACUCUGGGCAGAGACAUGUAGAGGGAUCCAAGUAUUUGAGAUUGUUCAUGUUGUCGGGGAAACAUUGUCUCUCGUUGCAGAGUCAUUGGAAAGUCGCUUUCUUUAA